CAGCUUAGCUUACUUACUAAUACAUUAAUACAACAACAAAAUGUUGACUUUACCAAAUGGAACCUUAAUUGACAAUCUUCGCAUCGUGGAUAUUCUCGGUAAAGGAGCGUAUGGACAAGUAUAUCUUGGCCGACACGAAGAAAAGAAAGAAAUGUACGCAAUCAAGUCACUUCAGCACACAAAUAAACACAGAGCACUCGAAAGAAUGGAGAUUGGUCUUCAUGCACGAUUAUCAGGUCACCCUAAUAUCAUUGCAUUACACCGUGUCAUUCGUGAUGCUGACCUUUGGACUCACGUCGUUCUCGAAUAUGGACCCGAGGGUGAUCUCUUUGCUGCCAUCACAGAGAGAGACUUGUAUGCUGGAAAUCAUCCUCUCAUCAGAAAAGUAUUUUUACAACUCAUUGACGCUUUGGCCUAUUGUCACCAGAAUCACGUCUAUCAUCGGGACCUCAAACCCGAGAACAUUCUCGUCUUUGAUGGUGGAAGAACAGUAAAACUCGCUGACUUUGGUCUCGCAACCACGCACUCUGUCUCACAAGAUUUUGGCUGUGGAUCUACCUUUUACUACUCUCCUGAGUGCCAAGGGGAUUUGUUUCAGACUACAACUGAGCGUGUGGCUGGAUAUGCCACUGGCCCUAAUGACGUGUGGGCCUUGGGUGUGAUCUUAAUUAACUUGGCAACCGGAAGAAAUCCAUGGAAACAAGCUUCAUUAAAGGACGAAACAUUUCGAGCCUUUUUAGCAGACCCUGACUUCCUUUUAAGCAUCUUACCCAUCUCACGCGAACUCAAUCGUAUCUUAAAGCGUAUCUUUUGUAUCGAUCCAGCACGUCGUAUCACCUUGAGCGAAUUAAAAGAAAAGAUUCGCAAUUGUAAAUAUUUUACACGUACCGCCGAAGUUGAUCGUUGGGAACACACAGUACAACAACAGUUUAAAAGACAACAGCAAAAACGAAAGACUAUUCCCGUCGAAUUACCUCCUUCUCCACCCGCUACUCCAUCCAAUCGAUCGCGUUCUACUUCUCCUGCCAUUUGGCAACAACGCAUCCAGAACACUGAAAAACAAGAAAAACAACAAACAAGCGAUUCUUCCAUCCUCACUUCCAUGCUGACAACACUCGUGGUCUAAUUAUCUCUUUCUUAUAUCUAUUACAAUCCUUAUUUUUUUACUCUAUGACAUUAUCUAUGAUACCCUCCUCCUCCUCCUCCUCCUCUUCUCCUCAUCUUUUUUCUCCUCCUAUUUUUUCUAUUAAGGUUGAUCCUUGAUUCAAACAAUCUAUGUAUUUAAUUGGCUGCGCUUUUUCUUUUCUCCUCUUUUCAUCUCCUUUUUUUUUUUUACCUCUCUCUCCCAUGCAAUUUUUUUUUCUUUUUUUAAAUUAAUGUUUAUAUUUACACUCUUAACGCCCUUAUUAAUAUUAAAAAUAAAAAUGUUUAUGUACAAAUGAAC